CGGGCCCGUUGUCCUCUGUUCUCCAGGCCAGCUGCUGUGGGUGUAUGUGGCUCUCAUUCUGGCUCCAGCCCGCCAGAAGCCCGCAAGAAACUGAGCUGCUCUUCUGGUUAAAGGACAUCAAUCAUUUCUUAAUGCAAGACAUUGCCUUCCUGUCUGGUGGCCGGGGACGGGACAAUGCUUGGAUCAUUACAUUUCCAGAAAACUGCAAUUUCAGAUGCAUCCCAGAGGAUAUAAUAGCAAAAGUGCUCAAAUACCUGACGGCUGUUGCAAGGGAAAAUGGAUCUGACUCCCGAUUCACUAUUAUUCUGGAUCGAAGACUGGAUACAUGGUCUUCUCUCAAAAUUUCUCUCCAGAAAAUCUCAAUUUCUUUCCCUGGGAGCUUACACUUAGUUCUGGUUUUACGCCCUACCAAUUUUCUUCAACGAACUUUCACAGACAUUGGAUUUCGAUUUAGCCAGGAGGAUUUCAUGCUCAAACUACCAGUUGUUAUGCUGAGCUCAGUUAGUGAUUUGCUGACAUACAUUGAUGACAAGCAGUUAACCCCUGAGUUAGGCGGCACCUUGCAGUACUGCCACAGUGAAUGGAUCAUCUUCAGAAAUGCGAUAGAAAAUUUUGCCGUCACAGUGAAAGAAAUGGCUCAGAUGCUGCAGUCCUUUGGAACUGAACUGGCCGAGACAGAACUACCAGAUGAUAUUCCUUCAAUCGAAAACAUUCUGGCAAUUCGUGCUGAAAGGUAUCAUCUGUUGAAGAAUGAUAUAACAGCUGUAACCAAAGAAGGAAGAAUUCUGCUAACAAAUCUGGAAGUGCCUAGCACUGGAGAAGCUGUCAGGUCAAGUCUUGAAUGUCAUCAGCACAUAAGUGGUGACUGGCAAACUAUUAAUAAGUUGCUGGCACAAGUGCAUGAUAUGGAAACUGCUUUUGAUGGAUUUUGGGAAAAACACCAAUUAAAAAUGGAGCAGUAUUUGCAACUGUGGAGAUUUGAGCAAGAUUUUCAAGAGCUUGUGACUCAAGUUGAAUUUCUGUUAAAUCAGCAAGCAGAGCUGGGUGAUAUAACAGGGAACUUAGCUCAAAUAAAACAAAAAAUUAAAAAAAUAGACAUCUUAGAUGAGAAAUCUCAGGAACUAUUAUCAAAGGCCCGAUUUGUGAUUCUACAUGGCCACAAGCUUGCGUCAAAUCACCAUUAUGCUCUUGAUUUAAUCUGCCAGAGGUGCAAUGAGCUACGUUAUCUUUCGGAUAUUUUGGUUAAUGAGAUCAGAGCAAAACGGAUACAGCUAAGCAGGACCUUCAAAAUGCACAAACUUCUACAGCAGGCUCGUCAGUGUUGUGAUGAAGGGGAACAUCUUCUGGCUAAUCAGGAAGCAGAUAAGUUUCAAUCUAAAGAAGAUGUUCAGAAAGCCCUUCAAGAUAUCGAAAAUUUUCUUCAAGUGGCUGUGCCCUUCAUAAGUUAUGAUGCUGAAACACUGCAGUAUGAAUUUGAUGUGCUCUUAUCUCCUGAACUCAAGGCUCAAAUGCAGACUGUACAACUCAAGCUUGAAAAUAUUCGAAGUAUAUUUGAGAACCAACAGGCUGGUUUUAAGAACCUGAAAGAUGAUAAACAUAAGAGACCAAUCCAGUUUGUGGUACCUACUUCUGAAAAUUUGAUGAGACCAAGAACAUUUUUUUCAUCUAAACAUGCAGUCAAGAAGUCUUGGAGAUCAUCUCAGAGCAACCUGAAAGUUGAAGUGGCACACAAUUGCCAAGAGAAGAGAAAUUCUGAUCAACCCUGCAGUUUGGACAAUGACAAUAGUUUGGAGAUUUUAAAGAAACACGUUCUAAAUGAGCUGAUACAGACGGAGAGGGCAUAUGUUCAAGAGCUGUUUAGUGUUUUGUUGGGCUACAGAGCCGAGAUGGAUAAUCCACAGAUGUUUGAUCUUAUGCCACCUCUCCUGAGAAAUAAAAAGGAUGUUCUCUUUGGAAAUAUGGAGGAAAUAUAUGAAUUCCACAAUAACAUUUUCAUGAGCAGCCUGGAAAAUUGCUCUAAUGCUCCAGAAAGAGUGGGACCUUGUUUCCUGCAAAGGAAGGAUGAUUUUCAGAUGUAUGCAAAGUAUUGUCAAAAUAAGCCCCAGUCAGAGAUAAUUUGGAGGAAAUAUUCAGAAUGUGCCUUUUUCCGGGAAUGUCAAAGAAAAUUAAAUCACAGACUUGGUCUGGAUUCCUAUUUACUCAAGCCAGUGCAACGAAUCACUAAAUAUCAGUUACUUUUAAAGGAGCUAUUAAAAUAUAGCAAAGACUGUGAAGGAUCUACCCAGUUAAAGGAGGCACUUGACACAAUGCUGGAACUACUGAAAUCAGUUAAUGACUCCAUGCAUCAGAUUGCAAUCAAUGGCUAUGUUGGAAACUUAAAUGAGCUGGGCAAGAUGAUUAUUCAAGGCGGAUUCAGUGUUUGGAUAGGACACCGGAAAGGUGCUACAAAAAUGAAGGAUUUUGCUAGAUUCAAAGCGAUGCAGAGACACCUUUUCUUGUAUGAAAAAGCUGUUGUGUUUUGUAAGAGACGUGUUGAAUCUGGAGAAGGUGCUGAUAGAUACCCAUCAUAUAGUUUUAAGCACUGUUUGAAAAUGGAAGAAGUUGGAAUCACAGAAUUCGUAAAAGGUGAUAACCGCAAGUUUGAAAUAUGGUAUGGUGAGAAAGAAGAAAUUUACAUUAUACAGGCACCAAAUAUCGAUGUGAAGAUGUUAUGGCUGAAAGAAAUAAGAAAUCUUUUGUUGAAGCAACAGGAACUUGUGACAGCUAAAAUCCAGAAGCAACAGUUAACAGCACAUGGUCAAGGUUCUCUUCAGCAGAACGUUGAAAAGCAAGAGGAAGCUCUUGUAAAUGUCGAGGAAACUGAACUGGAACAAGCCAGUAGCAGUGAGACAGUCAUGUCAGUCCAGACAGACACAAACACGGUUUGGACUCAGAUGUCACCACCUGCAGAAAGCCCUGCAGUGCCUGCAAAAUGUUCAAGCAGCUAUUUCUACCGUACUUGUGACAACAACGAAGAUGAUAAGACCCCAGUGGACCUGAGAAGCAAGCCAGUCACGGUGAUGCAUGCCCAUAAUCCCAGCAUUUGAGAAGCCAAGACAAGAAGACUGGGAAUUCAAGGCUAGCCUGGGCUACAAAUUGAGACCUCUGUCUCAGAAACAAAAACAAAACAAAACUGAGGAAUAAUGGUUCCACUUGCCUUGUAGAGACCUGUGUUGGAGAUGGCUCUCCUAUUUCGAUGAAGCUACUGUGUCAAGUGCCAAGUAGCUCUUGCUUGCCCGCUUCUCUGCCCAUGUGGAAAUACCGCUCAACAGACUUCCAACCCAAAUGAUGUGAAUGUUGUUUUCAGGUUAAUUCUUUUGGACAUGCAAAGAAACAGCAGUGUAUACUUAUUUCUUUUCUUUCACUUAAAAAACAUUUUAAACAUUUUAAUUGUAGUACUCUUUAUUCCCAAAAUUGUGUGGUAAAUGUGUAAGACAUUGUGCUGGAUAAAUUCUCAUCUCAGAAUACUUUUGACUUGAAAAUUAUUUCUUCUCUAUCUACUUUGUAACCAAAUGCAAUCAAUCAGCGUGCCUUGAAUUAUUUAGCUUAUUAUGAAUUAAGUUAAAAUUAUGGCUGCAAAAUGAUUAAGGCCAAGUGAAGCACAACAUUAUGAUUUAAUAGGCUUUAUUAGACUUAAAGCUUAUGUGCCCAUUCUUUUAAACUGUAAGAGAUACAAAGUUCAGAAUUUGGGGGGGAACACACUAGUAAAAUUUGUUCAGGGCUAUUGCCUUUUUUAUGCGUGCCAAGAUAAAAUUUUCAUGAGAGUAGUUUACAAAUAAUU